UAAAUAUUUUGCAAAGCAUUAUAAUCGGUUUCUUUAUGAUUGCUAGGUUAUGUUAAUAAAAGCGAAAUAUUAAAAAGGAUGUACAUACAUACGUAUAUUAGGCAUCGGGGUCCACUAUUUGAUUCUCUGCUAUAUGGAUUUUCCAAAUGAUUAAUGGCUCCAGGGAUACGCCUAGUUUCAGGUUUACAUUUCAUAGUUCAUUAGAGGCCACGUCUACGAUUAUUAAAGGCUUUUAAUUUAAUGGCACUAAUGGUAGGCAAAUCGCUUAGUUAGAGGUUCGUAAAUGAAAUUCCCUGUUUAAUUGCAAUUGAAAUGCUGUCGACGAUAGUGCGUGUCACAAUUUCUGUCUGCCUGUUGUCGCUUUGCUGCGCGCAGGGUUACGGGGAAGCCAAUAUACUAACCACAAGCACGCAGUUUUCGCAUAUGUUCAGUGCAAUUCUGCAUUACCACGCGAAUUUCUUUAGGAAACAUACAAAAAGUUAUUCUCUCUCCAUGCGCUCAAGAGAUGAUGAAGCUGCUGAUUAUUUCAUCGACUUGUUGACGUCGGUCUUAACGACCGCACAUGAAGUGAAGGUGGAGAUCAAUGUAUUUAAGGAUUUGCCGCAACCGAAGAAUUUCGACCUAUACAACAUAUUAUUGAUUGACUCGUACGAAGCGUUGGCUGACAUGGACCCAGGGUUUUAUGCUCAGCGUAAUGAUUUCAGUGAAUUCUAUUUGAUGGCCAUGCCUCCACUAACUAAUCGUUCGCAUCUGAUGUCGGAAUUAACAAAGAUUUUCGAUUAUUGUUGGCGUCACUAUAUUUUAAAUGUAGACGUGCUCCUGGAAGUGAACGGCACCGGUAUAGAGCUUUAUACAUAUUUUCCAUUUUCGCGCGAACGCUGCAAGAGCACUCUACCGAUUCAAUUAAAUCGUGGUAAAUCCCUUACAGAGUUAAGUGCCUCAGCCCUGUUCCCCGACAAGGUGCGAAACUUUUAUGGUUGCUCCAUAAUGGCAGUUCUGUGGAAUGUGCCCCCUUAUGUAACGCUGCCCAAACCCGAGCAGGAUGUAUUGCAGUAUGGCGGUGUCGAAGGUGAAUUUUUAAACCUUUUGAUUGCUAAAUUAAAUUUUGAUGUGAAAUAUAUUACGCCGCCUCGUAACGAGCAACGUGGAUUAGUGAUGCCCAAUGGAACCUUGACAGGAGCCAUUAAAAUUUUGGCUGAAAAAUCGGGCGAUCUAAGUUUGGGUUGCUUUCGACAUACACUGGAACGUUCAACGGUGCUAACCUCAUCGAUGACAUUUUAUCAAACCAAUCAGGUGCUAUCCGUGUUAGCGAAGCAAGAACCUUGGUCCACAUACGAAAUCUUAACGUAUCCCUUCAAUAUUUACGUCUGGAGUUCCUUACUGAUGUUCUAUCUAUUGCCGAUAUUCCUAGCUUUCAUAUUACAUCGUUUAAGCAUACGCCUGUUAUACUUUAUCUUUGGAAUUGUGGAUAUCAGAGAGAUGAUUUUCAUGUGGACGGGUAUUCUUUUAGCUCAAAUAUCAACACCCGAACCGUCUGCGAAUUUCGCGCGCUUUAUAUUCGUCAUGUGGCUAUUACUAACCUUAGUUUUGCGAUCUUCCUAUGAAGCCCUUCUCUAUGAUUUUUUUAGUACGCAAAAACUCAUCCCGGCACCUGCGACGCUGGACCAACUGAUUCACCGUGGAUACAAGUUGGUUGUAACACCGUCCACUGCCGACUCUAUGUCCAAAAUUAAGGCUGUGGAAAAUCAAGAGAUUGAACUUCUGAUGAUGAAUGUUAGCGAUACCGAAGUGUACGCUAUUCUGGAGGAUAAUCCAGAGAAAAAUUACGCGGCAUCCACUCCUAGUGACUUUCUCAAAUACUAUAUGAUUAGUGAACAGAAAAACGGUAAAUUCAAAAUAUUAAACGAGGAUAUCUACAUACAUCACAUUUCCGUCUACUUUACGAAACACUCCUACUUGAGGCUACCGGUGAAUAUAAUACUGCGAAAUUUACGUGCAAGCGGCAUAAUCGACCACUGGUCACGAUUGUUUGUUGGGGAAAUUCAUACAAAUAAACAGGGUUUAGACUUACACAAGCCAUCCUUGACGCUAACACAGCUCUACGGGAUAUUUGAGGUCCAAUGUUAUAUGUGGGUCAUUGCGUUGCUGGUAUUCUUUGUCGAGUGUGUGAGGGGACGUGCAGGGUAAAUUAACGGAAAUUCUUCUAAAAAUUAUAAGUGUAUUUGUCCAAAAAAUAAUGAUCUAAAUAUAUGAGAAUCAGAUAGAA